GAAGCAGACGGAAAAGCGGGAAAGGCGCGAGUGACUGAGAUUGUGGGGUGGGCUCAGGAAACUUCCCAAAUAGCUCAAAGACAAACACUCAACUUUUCGCGUUUUUCCACCCCAACAGCGGCGUUCACUAUUAGGACAUUUUUUACAUCACAGCGUGGGAAAAGGAACUGUGAGAGUUUGUUUGCACACAGGUGAACGAACAAGCAAAGUGAAGGCAGCACAAAAGAACUCUCUCCCUGCCGAACUGCCCCCUUGAUCCUCUGUCCACGCACUGGUGGAAAAACCGUGUGUGGCGAAAUUUCGUGGGAUUUUCCCACAGUAUUUUGUGAUGAAUUAAUGGUGAAGGUGCUAAAAAGGUGAAUUCACUGGGUGCUUGUGUUCGAGACCAGGACGGUCUCUCAAGCAUGGAGGAGGCCUCGUCGGCCCAGAAAAAGGGGGCGCCCAGUCUCACCAUCGACCGGGCGGCUUUCCUCCUGCUGCGCGUCAAGAAGGCCUUCAAGAAGAAGCGUCAACAACGAAAGGAGAAACAAGCUGCUCAAGCUGCCGCUGCCCUGGCCGCUCAGACAUGCGGCGGAAAGUCCUCGAGAGGCCGUCCUGCACCACUUCUACGCUCCCGAACACUGCCUGCCAUCAUAGUGCCCGGAAUAUCAAUUCUGCACACGCAAAUCGACCCAAAUCGCCUCCACACGGAGGGCUUCGCCAAUACGGGUUUUGCUGCCCGUCUUUCCCUCCAGCCACGCACAUCGCCCAGGAUCUCCCUGACCAGCGAUGACACGAGUCUUGACUAUCGACGCAGGAGUGCCGGCUCUCCGUACACAUUCCCAACGACAUCGACAACGAGCAACAGCGCAAUCAAUAGCGCCGAGCCCUAUAUCUAUGCCUUUGACGACCUGGAACGCCAUCCGGACGGAACUGUGGUGCUGCGCAUUCCUGCGCCUCAUGUCGUCGCCGCGAGAGCCUAUCGAAUGUCCGGCGGCAGCGCUUCCGGGCCAUCAGGAGCUGCAGCCGCCCCGGCGACUCUGGGGGUCCCGAGCGGCAGCACUCCCAGCGCCGGUCAGUCAACGAGCUCCCAGGGCGGAACAGCACUUUACAAACUGGCCCGGCUCCUCAAUCAGUCCUCCAAGACCACGUCAAGUCCUGUCCUCAAGGACGACGCUCCGCGGCGACUUUCAUGGGAGAGGAGAGACCAAAAUAAUCGUCUUCCGCGCUCUGCCAGCAUCGACUCGAUGGUGGAGGCGGUUUGGAGUGAAUCUCCGCGACCCUCGCUCGCGCCCUCCUCCGCCCCGAUGCCCAUUGUCACUGUGGCCCCAGUUCCGCCAUCCACUCAGCUUCUGCAGGUCAACUACGCAGAGCCCGUCAGCCGUCGCGAGAGUCUUCUGAGCCCCUCCACGGGCAGAAGGAGCAGCAAGGCGUACCGAGGAAUUACCGAUACACAACACUCGGUUUGGUUCACAGUCUUUGAUUUGUUGGUGGGAGAAAUGCUCGGCGAGUCUUCACCUCUCCCCCCAUUUUCCGGUGGUAUUUGCUCUCCAACACGACAAAGUAAAUCCCCCAGCAUUUCUCUGGAGGACCCUCAAUUGUCAUCACUCAGUGGCAUUUCUCAUCUUUUGCCCCCAUCAUCCAGCAAUCAGUUUCUCUUAUCGCAUCAGCCCGAUUGCCGGGUGAGACACUGA